AUGGCUGCUCGCAGGCUCGCCAUAUCUUCUCUGCUAUGUGCCGACGAUGAUGUCUCCGAUCCUCCAGUCCCGCUGCCGAGCGCUUCCCGUUCAUCUCUCUCGCCAUCUGACGUCCGGACGAGCUUCACUGAGGAGACCGAUGCCCAGCCCAGUGAACUACAGCCAUUUACGAUCCACGACAGCCUAGGACACACUGAUGGAGAAUCUCUACUAUCACCUGCAUCCACCGGCCUGGAUCGUGUGCCACUGUCUCUCCAGCCCGUUCAGCUAAGGAGACAUACACCAUCCCCCACAUUAGACAGCGAGACAUCGGGCUCUCCAAUGGCAGCGGGUGUGAUGUACUGCCUUACGCCCCGCAGUUCAGGAGACAUUCGUGACCAGGCCGACUCUAAGCGCAAUCGCUCUGAAUAUACCGGCUCCAGUGGCCGGCACCAGCAGCCAGAUUUGUGGCAAGAUCGACAUGCUACCCGGCUAACCGACGCGCAUGUUCAGCCUCUUUCCCCUCCCAUCAUCAGGCCAUCUUCGUCUCGCAGUGCGCAUUCAGAUCUACUCAACGUCUCCCACUCCCGCUCUCAGCCAUUUUCGUACGUUCUGCCGUCCCACUCUCCUUCUCGCUCCCCAGCCUCAGCAUACAGCCUGCCUUUCUCACAGAGACAACCGUCAGUUUCUCCCACUUUAUCUAUUCGUCCCAUUACUGCGUCCCCUGUCAACUAUUUGCGUCCUGCAGCUCCUCUACGGGCCUCUUUCGAUAGCUCACAACAUAGUCCUGAGUCAAUAUCUUCACAUCAACCAGGUCCAACAAGUCCUUCAUCGCCAUAUAUUCCAACCUCCAUGUCACGUUUGCUUCCACAAUCCCAUCUUGUAGAAAGCCGAUCUGAUCCAAAUACCGCAACGCGUACUGUGUCGGCACCAUCGCUUGCGCAUAUGUUGAAUCCUUCUCCUGGGCAUGCACGGUCUGGUGUCGGCUUGGGAGGGCUAGAAGCACUUGCGCAAGUUGCUUCAGAGGAGCGGAGAAGACUCAGUGGAGAAUUACCAAGAGCUAGCGAUUCUGCAAAGAGCUUCAGUCCGCGAUUGAGUAAGAGCCCUGUUGUGGAAAGGAGCCCUAUCGUGGGACGGAGCCCUGUUAUGGAACGGAGCCCUAUUGUGGAACGGAAUCCUGUCGUGGAACGGAACCCUGUCGUGGAACGGAGCCCUGUCGUGGAACGGAGCCCUGUUGUGGAAAGGAGCCCCGCCGUGGAACGAAACAACUCUCACUCGGAUUUUGUGCAGCUAUCGUUGGUGAAGUCGGCGUCCCCAGUAAGCACGCUUAGUCCCACUCCCCCGCAUCUGUUGUAUUCUUCCUCGUUUCACGACACUGUGGUUUCUAUUCCCAAUGCAUUCAGUCCAGAUGAAGCGCAUCCCCGGAAGAGACGCAAAGUCUCCGGAGAACGACCCUUAAAUAUCUUGCAGGACGGCGAAUCGACCAGUCCUCAGGUCCAUGCUGAGCCGAAUGCCAUGGCUGUGUCUAGUUUACUACGGACGGAUGACGAGCAUAUGGGAUACCCAGGCUUCAGUGGAUAUGACGGGACUACAGCUUCGCAACCAACGUCUCCUGCCAUUGAUUUUCCGAAUCUCAAUGCCACUUCACUGCCCUCUGAUCACAGCCCUCCAAAUCACUAUGCUGAGAGCGAAUCACCUUUCCAAGAAAGUCCGCGGACCAGUGAUGAUCAGCCCGACGACAACCACCAUUUGAUAAAACAAGAGCAAGUAGAGUUCGUAGCAUCAGAAGAGUCAACAGCAAAGGACGGUGUCGAUGUGACGAAAGGAAAUACGAGUAUGGGGCCAGCGGAAGAUGAGACCAUACAAGCACAAGAUCCUCACGAGUGGCUGCUUGAACAUUACACCGCUUCUCGAGCGCCAUCUCUUGUCAAGGAAAGCAUCGAUGAGAGCUCGUCGUCUCAUGCUCUCCACUCUCCGCCUCCAAGCAGUGAGACAACACAUGAUCCUCCCCUACCAGACGGUCCAACACAUACUUUAGACCGAAAUGGGGAAAACCCUCCCAUCGGGAAGGACCUGACAAGGAUCCCGACGCCUCUGUCUUUGCUAGAACAGGAUCUCGAUAAUACCACCACCAAAGGUAAUGCAAAAAUCGUAGGCGGUAUUGAUGUGGAACCUAGUUUGAUAGUGGCUAGUGUCUCUGGGGUCAAUGGAGAAGACACGUCGGAAUUCGAUGUCGACGAUGAACUUCUCAGCCUUGUAGAUGAUAGAUCUGACAGGUCUCAUAACUCUCGUCAUAAGCAUCAUUCGGCUUCUCGACCUGGGGAUACGCGGCGCCGGAUUGAACAGCCUCAACCGGAUUCCCAUCCCUUACAAUCGCCCACAGACUCCAUUACAAAUGCCAUUAAUGUCCGAAUGUCCAUGCCACCACCUCUCUCACCUGUCAAGGACAUCACAAAGAACGCUCCUGUGAAGCUCCCCGAUAAUGCGACCGCUUCGUCUAGUCAUAAAAAGAAAGAUACAGCGACCAAGCCCGUACCAAAGACGAAGAUGCCUCCAAAGCUGAAGGCAAAAACAGCUGGGAAGGCUAAAGAGAAACCCAAUAAAGAAUCCAUCGUGUUGUCGGCUCAGUCCGUGCCUCGUAGUCAUAGUAUCUCCGCGUCCGGCAGCUCCACGAAGGGCAAGAAAGCUUCAACCUUAGCCAGUGUUGCUCCUUUAAGCGUCAAACGAGCAGCUUCGGCCACAGCAGGGUCAUCUCGAUCUCGCUCAGCUUCUGUAAUGCCUAGUAAUGCUAUUGGACCCGAGCAUGAUGAAAAGGAAACGGUGGAAGGAGCUACAGAAACUAAUGCCAGGGACGAGGACCAAGAUGACAAGUUGUACUGUAUUUGUAAGACUAGCUAUGACGAGGAUCGAGUUAUGAUUGCAUGCGAUAGGUGUGAUGAGUGGUAUCACACGCAUUGUGUGAACAUGCCAGAUCUCGAAGUAGAUCUUGUUGAUCAAUUUAUAUGUCCGACGUGCAUCGAAAAUAGCCCGCACUUGCAACUCAAGACCACCUACAAGCAACGGUGCUUUUCUGGUAUCAAGCACCCCGAUCCAUCGUCGCCCAGUGCUUGCCACAAGCCUGCGCGUGGUGGAUUCUCGAAAUACUGCUCAGACGAAUGCGGUAUUCGCUACGUACAGUCACGCAUUGUGGCCUGGGGUGGCAACCAGGAGAAUCUGUGGGAAAGUGUCAAGGACGCCAGGAAGCGAGAGGGUGUCGUCAUUCGCGUUUAUCACAGUUCCCCUGCCAUUGACGACGCUAGUCCAAUGGUUUCUCAGCCAGCACAAACAGAUCCACGCCACGAAGUCGUACAUUUAGCGAAAACCAAAGCUCAACAAGAAAUGGCGCUUUUGACUAUCCAGCUCGAUGGGAUCACUCGAAGACGAGAUGAAUUAAAGACGGAGCUGGAAUUUGUCCUGUGGCGAGAAAAAUUGAUCGAACUGGCAGCUGCACGGGCGGAUGAUGUUGAUGAAUGUGGAUGGGACCAAAGACUCUGCUUUGGUGAGGAGGAAUACGCUGAGUUCGGCGUUGAUGUCUUGGAAAGCUACCAGGAAGUCAAACAAAGCGAUGAUGAAACGGGUGUGGACGCCAUAAACCAUGACAGUGGUGAAUGGUGGUGUAAGGGGAAAAGAAAGUGCGAUCGCCAUUCUGGGUGGCAGAAGUUGCGGUCUGCAGAAGUUGAUUUUGAGAAAGAGACUGUGGAGACCGCGCUUCUGGCACUCACAACGGAAGAACGUGAGAUCCGAAAGAAUAUUGAAGAUGUCAUGGAGUCAAAAGCUCGAGCUACAAUAAACAACACUAGUCUGAGCUCACCCUUACAGCCACUGAAUGGAAAGACUCCUGGUGUUGCCAAUGGCGUUGAUAAGACAAAGACUCGCGAAGAUGUUGGCAAGAAAGGCAAGAAGAAGAAGACACAAACUUAA